UUGGUGCGGUUGUUUCUUGUGACAUGGCCCACAGAGCCGACACUGACCUUAAACCUUGGAGCUUUGCAUUCACAGCUCUCUCUGAACAUAUGAACAAACCUGAGGAGGAUGGAUCUGCUUUACAUGUGAAAGACCCAAACCCCGGGCCUGAUGUUAUCCCGGAUGCUAUUCUACGUGUAGAAGGAGAGAGUUUUCAUGUCAACCGUCAACGACUGGCCCUCCAGAGUCCCUACUUCAGGGCUCUAUUUUUUGGCUGUGGCGUGGAGAGCAGCAAAAGGAGAGUUGAGCUCAAAGGUGUGAGCCUGCAGCAUUUCAGAGUUUUGAUGGAAUACAGCAGGACAUCCAGACUAGCUUUGGACAGAGAAAAUGUUCUGGGGAUCCUUGAGACUGCAGACUUUUUACAACUGGAGGGAGCCAGGCUGCUAUGCUGCAAGUUUCUGGAGCGUGAGCUGCACCUCAGCAACUGUCUGGGAAUGAUGGCCUACGCUUGGCGGCUGGGCUGCACUCAGCUCUAUGUGGCGUCACGACAGGUGGCGCUCACACACUUCUCUGCUAUUAUCGCUGAUGAGGACUUCCUGUCACUGUCUAAGGAGGCCAUAGCAGACCUUCUUGCCAGUGAUGACCUGGCCAUCCAUAAAGAUGACCUGGCCCUGGAGGCCAUCCUACGCUGGGUGUCAUUGUACCCUGAACGAGAAAAACAUUUUCUGGAGCUCAUUGAGCUGGUGAGGCCUGAAUCGCUGUCUUUACCAUUUAUCACUGAACUUCUGACCAGAAUGAAAAGCUCUGACCCCAGAGCCAAGCUCAUCUGCAUGCUGAAUGAACAUUUUCCAACAUCUUGGUCAAUGGGCAGGUCAAUGAGGAGGACCACGGCUAGAGAGACCCUCUUUGUCCUGGGUGGACCUCACGACCAGGAGCAACAGGCACUUUACCAGUUUCACCCACUCAGUGGUAGAUGGCAGAGCUGUGCACCUUUGCAGAGGAAGAACAUCACACAGUAUUCGGUAGCUGCUGUAGGGGACAACGUGGUUGUGACAGGUGGUUACUUCAGGGACGUACUGUGGUUCAGUGUGGACUGGGUCAGGAUAUAUGAAUGUGGGAACCAGUGCUGGCUAGAUGGGCCGGCCCUGCAGAAGUCCAGGCACAGCCACGGCUCCAUAGGACUGGACUCCGUACUGUAUGUCCUGGGGGGCAGCAUGGAUGAGGGGCUUGUGGCUGAUGUGGAAAGGCUGGUGCUGGGGUCAGGGGAGGGUUGGGAGGAGGUCAGCCCCAUGGUUAGGGCUGUGGAGAGGGCAGCCAUUGCUGCUCUGGGGUCAUGUAUCUACGUGGCGUGUGGCCUGGAUGAAAACGGGGAGGCGUAUGGUGGAAUCCAGAGGUAUAUGGUAAAGGAGGAUCAGUGGGAUGUGGUCUCCUAUUCUCCUUUUCCACGAUAUGACCUGGUUGCCACAGAGCUCAACGGCGCCCUCUACCUUUUUGGAGGCCAAGCUUUGCGUUUUGACGUGGAGACAGAUGAGUGGACUGUGCUGGGGGAGGAAUGUCUGGACAGGAAGUUCUUCUCUGGCUGCACAACAGUCAGCGGCCAGAUAUACCUGGUUAGUGAGAGGAAGAGUAACAAGGCAUUCCCAAACAUGGUGCUGAUGGACCCUUAUAUAGACACUUGCAUUGAGGUAGAUGAUGCCAUACCCUGCCCUGUACCCCUCAGAGGGUGUGUCACCAUGAGAAUGGUCACGUGAGAUGUGUGAUGUGACUGAAUGAAAACACUAUUUGUGGUUAUGUAUAUGUUUGUACUAGAAGUGUCAUUCUUGCUUUAAACAGAGUACUAGCAAAAUAUAUUUGUAUGUAAGAGCUCACGAUUUGGGUGAAAUUAAUAAAAUAAAAAAAAAUCUGUUUCAUAAAAAUGGAUUGAGUCAACACAUGCACAUGACCAGUAAAAUCAUCUGCUUAAAAGAAGACAGCUUUGCUAAUUUCUUUAAUAGAAGUAAUUUAUUAAAACCUUUCAACACACAAUCAAAAGAACAUCUUUGUGCACUCAUAAGAGAACAGUCAACAACAGUUUUAAUUUACAAAAGCAAUAUUUUAGUGGGGUCAUGGGUGUGUUAUUCAGUGGAUCAGCCCUUUUAGUCCUCUACAACCUGAAUCCCACCUUGUGUUGUGGGCCCUCCUGCUAUUAAGUCCAGUUCAGAGUCAGACACAACUCUGCUUCUACUCCCA